AGCCGGGUGCGAACUCCCGCAGACCAUCAAGAGCCGGCACUCGCGGUCCGCCGCCGCCUUUCUCCCUAAUGAGCUGCACCAGAAUGAUCCAGGUUUUAGAUCCGAGGCCUUUGACAAGUUCAGUCAUGCCAGUGGAUGUGGCCAUGAGGCUCUGCUUGGCUCAUUCCCCACCUCUGAAGAGUUUCCUGAGCCCUUACGACCUCCAACGAAAAACUUUUGUGAACAAAUUAAAGCCUCUGAAAUCGUGUCUCAAUAUAAAACAGGAAUCCAAAUCACAGAAUGAGUGGAAGCAUUCACACGACCAAGCCAAGAAGCGGGUUGUGUUUGCUGACUCCAAGGGGCUCUCUCUCACUGCCAUCCAUGUCUUCUCAGACCUCCCAGAAGAACCCACGUGGGAUCUCCAGUUUGAUCUCUUGGACCUUAAUGAUAUCUCCUCUGGCUUAAAACUCCAUGAGGAGAAAAACCUGAUUUUAGAUUUCCCACAGCCUUCAACUGAUUACUUAAGUUUCCGGAACCAUUUUCAGAAGAAUUUUGUCUGUUUAGAGAACUGCUCUUUGCAGGAGCGAACAGUGACUGGAACUGUGAAGGUGAAAAACAUGAGCUUUGAGAAGAAGGUUCAGGUUCGUAUCACUUUUGAUACCUGGAAAAGCUACACUGAUGUGGACUGUGUCUACAUGAAAAAUGUGUAUGGUGGCUCAGAUAGUGACACCUUCUCAUUUGCCAUUGACUUACCCUCUGUCAUUCCAACAGAGGAGAAAAUUGAGUUCUGCAUUUCUUACCAUGCUAAUGGGCAGGUCUUCUGGGACAACAACGAGGGUCAGAAUUACAGAAUUGUCCAUGUGCAAUGGAAACCUGAUGGAGUGCAGACACAGAUGGCAUCUCAGGACUGUGCAUUCCACCAGGUGCCCCCCAAGACUGAGUCAGAGUCAUCCGUCUUUGGCAGUCCAAGGCUGGCUAGUGGGCUUUUCCCAGAAUGGCAGAGCUGGGGAAGAAUGGAGAACUUGGCUUCUUACCGAUGAUUAAGUAACUUAGUGACUGGUUUUGACCUGGUGCAUUUCCCAUGUAAUUUUAGGUCUGUAUUGCUCAAUAUUAGGAAGUCUGUGCUACCUGCCUUACUAGGUUUAGUUUUGAGCUUUUGAGACCUGGCUACAAAAAGACCAACUUCUUGAGAAUUUACUGUUGCGGUCUGUACGAUGAUACUGUUUCGCUUUGGAGGAUCAGGUAAUAUCCUAGAACCCUGUUUUUGUUCUAAAAAGUAAUACUGUUCAAUGCCCUUUAUCCUCCCCUCUCAAUUCACAAGCUUUCACACUGGGCAAGGAAAGGUUGAGAAAGGACAGUUGAUGGUGAUGGAAAGCUGUUUUAAUGGUAUGAGGAAUGUCUGAAAAGUGCACACAAAAGGGCUCUGAAGCUCAAGUCCGAGUAGGAGCAGUCUGAUACUUCACUGUGGGUGAGAA